GAAGGAAGUAUUUCCUGUGACUCCUUACGAAGACAGGACGGAUCUCACAUCUGGUUGCACCGUUAUCAUUACUAUUUACAGCAUCCUUCUAAUGUCACAUCCUCUGCAGGGUUACAAAUUUAUCAAUUUCAUUCAUUGAAAUCAACGGAUUUAUCUGAGCGUUAUGCAAUAUAUGUAAAUCGGAACAAGAAGGGCUGACAGUGUGUGGCUCCCAUAUUUAGUCCAUUGGUUCCCAUGGGCAGUGUUCUGGCCUUGUCAUCUCGCCCUGGGCGUCAGAACUCCCCAUUUCCCCUGGACAGACCCGUCUCCAGGUGGGACAGAAGAGAUGGCCGGCUUCCCAACCCAGGAAGCUUUGAUGGCUUGCAUCGCAGCUGUAAAGAUGUAUUUCCACAACAAAUUGAAGGUGUUAAAAUGAUUGUUAACAAGACUCUAAGCAGCUUGUUUAAGGUUAGUCAUACAUUUCACCUUAGUGCUAUUGCACCAUCAUGUUAUCGCUUCCAUGUAGAAUAUCUGCAGACAGACAGUGACAGUAAAGACAAGGACAGUCCUAUGCUGAUUGGUGAAAUUGAUUCAUCAGGAAGCCUAAAUGCUCAUUCGCUAUUUCAUCUGAGUGAUCGAAUAAGGGCCAAAGCUGUUUUUCAGACCCAACAGUCCCAGUUUGUUACAUGGCAGUUUGAGACUGAAUACAGAGGAAGUGACUUCACGGCUGCUGUUACCAUGGCAAACCCAGAUAUUCUAAGAGAGUCAGUCAUCAUGGUGGCACACUUCCUCCAGAGUGUCUCCUCUCAGCUGGUUCUGGGGGGUGAAUUGGUAUACCACCGUGGAAGAGCAGAGGAAGGAGGCAUCCUCACUCUAGCUGGCCAGUAUUCAGGGCCCAACUGGGUGGCCACACUGAAUGCUGGGAAGGGUGGUGCACAUGCAAGCUACUACCACAGAGCAAAUAAACAGAUCCAGGUGGGAGUGGAGUUCGAGGCUAGCACCAGGACACAGGAGACAACUUUCUCAUUUGGCUACCAAAUGGAACUUCCAGAAGCUAACAUGGUCUUCAGAGGAAUGCUAGACAGCCGAUGCAUCAUUGGUGGAGUUCUAGAGAAACGCCUGUACCCUCUGCCUGCCACUCUGAUUAUGGGGGCCUUUGUCAAUCACCGUGGCGACAAGCUUCAGGUUGGCCUGGGAGUCAAUGUUGGCUAAACAGGCUUCAUGCCUCUCCUGCUCCCUUGCACACUAAACUGACACAUUGGACUAAUGGACCUCCUGUAUACAAGCAACUCUGCCAGAUGUAUGAACACCUUAAGGCAUUUGGCUCUGGUCGCAACUCAGAGCAUUCAACACUGGGGAAUUAUAGGGACGACUGGAGCCAUAUUGGCUAUAUACAUGUACCCCAAAAGCAUGUGGAUGGUUUAGUGACCAGAACAUGGACUUUUGGCCAACCUCAGGGUGUGUUGUCUGUAGUCAUGGUACGUGCAGAGAGGUGGACUCUAAUGUGGUGACUAUUAGACACACACUCUGUCACACAGAGAGCUUUGACCUCAGACUAUGUUUUCCCUUUUAAAGUAUACUUGUUGAAGAGCCACAGAAAGGUCCUGUGGUUUUCAAUCUCCUUAAAGUAAAUAAAUGAAUAUUUAACAUGCAGAAUAUUGAAAUAUCCCUGAAAUAUCAGAAACACUGUUGAAUAUUCUCUAUUGACAUUAGAAUUCAAUGUUUUCUCCUCACAGAUAUUGUGCAUAUUUUAAGGUGGUAAUGUAUGUGUAAGCAAAAUGUUGUACAGUUUAGAAAUUGAAGAAAUAAUUAAGGUUCACAAAGCUAAGCCAUACAGAGUCCACAUCCCAUAUGUAUGAAAAAGACUAAUACAUUUUUGAUCAAGACAGUCUAAAGGAAUAACCACUAAUUUGUAUGUCCAUGGCAGCUUUGUUCUUCUUUAUGAGCUGUCAUAUGGGAUUCUCAUUUGGAAUUUAAAUAUGAUGUUGCACUGAGUUGGAAAUAUUUGUUUUUGAAGUUGAAGGGGUCAUGUUAAUCUAUCUCUAGGACACUGUAUGUCUCUGAACAAAACUUAAAUAUAUAUGUAUAUCCUUGUUGCCACAGAAAAGGAAAUAUUUUUGAGAUAUAUGCAUACUAAAUGGAACAUGCACUAAUUAUUGUAUUACAGGUACAUGCUUUUUUAAAAUUGAUUUUAUUAAUUUGUUUUUACAGUGUAGCUAAAUAUAUUAGCACAUCUGCUAAUAUAUUUGGUUAUAUUUGGAUUACUUGAAUCUG